GAGAGGCUCACGUGCGCCGCCGGGACUGUGGGCUCCUGCCGCUCGCUGCGAUGGGAGGGAUUAACUACGUGAGGCGAAGCAGGGCGGCGCUGGAGGACGACGACGACAACGCGGUGUCCUCCUGGGAGGAGCUGCCGACGCCGCCGCAGACGCCGCCCCCGCCCGCCGGCACCGGCCGGAGCCCUGGCAGCGCCGCCGGGAGUUCGCGGGGGCCAGACAUGUUGGGCGCGGGGGGCGGCGCGGGGGCCAGGCCGGCCAAACCCUCCUUCGUCUCCUAUAUCAGCCCGGAGGAGGUAUAUGUGAGGGAAGCCACAGGAAAGGAAGUACAGCCAAAUUUGUUGCCAGGUGAACUGCUGCUUUGCGAGGGCCAAUAUGGUUUUGAGUACACACAAGAUGAUGGAUCAAACCGUGGCACCUAUGGGAAACUUAUAUGCACGAAUUUCAAGAUUUCAUUCCUUGGAUGAGAAUCUGCUUUGGAGGAUGAUGAACAUCAAUUUAAUAAUAAAAUCAUUGGGGAAAAUGACAUCACUCUUCAGUGUGUGGACCAGCUUUAUGGAGUUUAUGAUGAGAGAAAGAAACCCCUGAAUGGUCAACUGAGAAAAUACCCAGAGACGAUGAUAAUCUACUGCAAAGAUCUCAGAGUGUUUCACUUCUGCUUGCGAUACACCAAGGAGGAAGAAGUAAAACGGAUCGUAUGUGGCAUAGUUCAUCAAACACAGACUCCUAAGCUAUUUAAACGCUUAUUUCUGUUCUCUUAUGCAUCAGCUGCACCAAGUAAUGCAGGAAAAAAGAAUCAAACAGUGAUGUUUGAUUGUAUUAAAGACUGGCGUCAGGAACUGGAACGGACCAAAGGAAACCUGAAAUUCAAAGCAGUGAGUGCCAAUGAAGAGUACAAUGUUUCUAAAAAGUUGCCAGCAUACUUCGUUGUUCCCAUGGCUGUCUCUGAAGAUGACCUUUUGCAAUAUCAAGGAAGAGGAAUUCCAAUUUGGUGUUGGUCUUGCCACAAUGCUGCUGCUCUCCUCAAGAUGUAUACUCUGCCCAAAGAUCAAGAUGACAACGCUCUACAAACACAGAAAAUCUUCUUAGAGGGAAUGUAUAAGACACUUGAUAACCCUCCUUAUGAAGCCAUGAAAGUUGAUGUCCUGUCAAGUAGUCUUCCAUCUCUGCAAGAGAUCCAAAUUGCAUAUACCAGAUUUAAACAGCUGUUUCUAAUAGAUAACAGUGCAGACUUCUGGGAUACUGAUGUAAAAUGGUUUUCAUUAUUGGAGAGUACAAAUUGGCUAGAAAUCGUAAGGAGAUGUCUGGGAAAAGCAGUAGAGAUUAUUGAUUUGCUAGAAGCAGAGAAUACAAAUGUUCUCCUUAUAGAAGAGAAUGCUUCUGACCUGUGUUGUGUAAUCUCCUGCCUGGUUCAAGUUAUGAUGGAUGCACACUGCAGAACUAAGCUGGGAUUUCAGAGUCUUAUUCAGAAAGAAUGGAUCAUGGGAGGACAUGCUUUCCUGGAUCGGUGUAACCAUCUGUGGCAAACUGAUAGAGAGGAGGCACCAGUUUUCUUGUUGUUCUUGGAUUGUGUAUGGCAGUUGGUUCAACAGUAUUCACUAGCCUUUGAAUUUACAGAGACUUACCUAACUGUCUUGUCGGAUAGUCUGUACAUUCCAAUAUUUAGCACCUUCUUCUUCAAUUCUCCGCAUCAAAGAGACACUACCACGUAUGGAGGAAGCCUUAAUACAAAAGGCACCAAACUUAGUUAUCUUCAAGUUUGGGACUGGUCUGUGCAGUUUGAACCUGAGGCACAAGCCUUGCUGAAUAAUCCUCUUUAUGCUGAGAAGCCAAAACAAGAUAAGAGUCAGAAAAAACCUACACGAUUCAAGCAUCAACGGCAGCUUUCCUUACCGUUGACACAAACGAAACCGUCUCCCAAAAGAGGGUUUUUUAAGGAAGAAACGGACCAGUUAAUUAAAAACCUCCUUGGCAAAAGGAUCAGCAGGCUAAUAACAUCAUCUGAUGAACUGCAUAAUACCUCCAGAGAAUUUUAUGAGAGUUGGCACUCCAAACCUGCUGAUCUCCAUGGAAUCCUGCUGCCACGCUUAGAAGGACCAGAAAUCAAAGUGUGGGCGCAGAGAUAUCUGCGAUGGAUCCCUGAAGCUCAGUUGCCUAGUGGUGGGACAGUUGCCACUGCAACGAAAAUCUUGGAUGUGAUGGAGGAUGUGCAAGGUUUGCAGAAGAAAAUGGAUGAACGCAGCCAGAUUCUCUCAGAGGAGGGUGCUGCAGCAGUGUCACCCUUCCAGAGAAAUCCUGCUCGCCUGUCUUCUUUAUUUCCAUUUGCUGGGCUUCAAAGACAUUCCCUCAAGCCAGUUUUACCUACGAGCACCUGGAAAGUUUUGGAAGGUGAGGACUUGGCUAGGAGAGAUGAUGAGUAUGUUGAUUUAGGGGAUGUUUGAUGUGAGGCUUAUGCUCACGAACAGAAAUGAAAGUACUGGCACACUUCUCUCCAAACAUAAAAUUGGUUUCCUGGCAGUGGCUUUCCCUUCUGCCCGAUGAAGCUUUUAGCAUAUGAAGAUUUCCUCACUUGAGCACCCGCAAUAUUUUCUACAUGAGUUUUGAUCAAGCAUUUUAAUUAGUUCUUUCCAUAAGCAUGGGAGAUACAUAGCUGUGUUGCAUAGGGCCCAGUUGAAAAAUAAAGUAAAAUACAAAUUAGUUGCUCAAUCAUGGAAAGUUAGGUGUUAGAGCACUCUCAAAAUCAUAAUAAACUUCUUGUUGGAACAUAAAGGGGUGGCGGCUUCAGAAAUAUCCACCAGAAUUUAAAAAUGUCCUAGCCAGGUAAGAGUGUCUUCCAGGCACAUCUUUUAAAGCAUAGAAAAAUGUGUGUUGUUUGAAA